AUGUCUCGUCCACAAACACGUCCUGGAAAUGUCAACAAGCACCCAGGAAACAUUGUCUGGGAGGCAAACCGAGUCCAGCGCCGGUCUAAAGAAGAAGUUGCUGCCAAAAAGAACUGGAAAGAACUUGAGAAGGCUAAUCGUGCUGCGGCAGAGGAGAAAUCACAUACAAUGAUUGCUGCAGCUGAAGAUGCCAUGGCCAUCCAGCAGAAGACUCAAGUGAAGGGCCCUCCAAAGCUCAUCAGGCCAUGCAUGGUUGUCAGCAAAAAGAGCACAAAUCUGGCAAAACUGAAACCAAGUGCACCACCAAGCGUGCAAGUCUCUGGCAAGACAGCACAACCCACCAAGUCCAAUGUGGACCUUGAUGACAAACCUGAGGAAUACAGUGAGCCAGCACCAAAAGCGCAGAGGGGAAAGAACAUUGUGCAUCUGAAGGAGAAACCAAAAGUCACCUCAAGAGGCAAGAAGUGCUCACUCCCAGUCCCAGAUGAAAUAGAGUUGUCUGCAGAAGGACUCAAGGACCCAGACGCUGCAGAAGAACUUGAGAUUCUGGAGGAUCCGGAGGCUGAUGAAGAACCAGAGAACCUCGAAGACCUGGAUGAUGGUGAAGACUCAGACUUCAAGAUGCUUGAGGAUGAGGAGGAUGAUGGAAGUGAUUCCAUGAUGGUGGUGAAUAAGGCUAGCAUGGCACAACGCACAAGCUCUAUGUUGGUUGAUGUCUCAGAGCAGAAACCCACAACAAAGCAGGCCAAAGGCCGUACUACUAGGAUCAAGGCAGAGGUCAAGACUGAGCCUGAGCCUGAGGCUGUAGCAUCAGAAAAUAUUCAUGCGAAGCUCAAGAGAGGCAAGGCGAAAAAUGCGCACCUACCCAGCAGACUCCUUGAAAAUGGAGUAUGGCACAUGAAGUUCCUUCCCUGUGUGAUGUAUUGGGUUGGUAACAGCGACCAUGGAUGGACUGUACCAGAGACUGAGCUCCAGUCUGUUCUCAAGUCGAUAUUUUAUGAGGUAAGCCAAAGGAUCCACGAAUGGCAAGCUUCAUUUGGUUCAACAGCCAUCACUGUUUUGAUGGCUUUUUUCACUUCAACGCCUGAUUAUGAGACUCAGGAAGCCCACAAGGAAUACGCUGAGUAUCAACUCCAGGAUUGCCGUUUCAUUUAUGAAGAUCCUGACAACGAAGAGCAACCCGGUGCCUUCUUGUCAGAAUAUAUACUACGCAUUUUUGCAGCACACCUCACCGCAGUCGCCGGGAAAGUAAGGGUGGAUUCAUUGGUUGAAUUUGGCAAGCCUGGAUAUCAGACUGCACUGGCGCUAACAGCUGUGGCAGCUGAGCGCGCUCUCAUCUUAGUCAAAGACCAGUUGUUGGUUGAUAGCAACCCUGCUGACAACGGUGGUAAAACUCACAAGAUUGUACAGACACUUAACGAAGUGACUAAUAAGAUGAGCCAUACCGGGACAGCAUUUUCAUCUGGAAAUUGGGAGACAGAUACUUUGGCAUACAUGGACAGUAUCAAGACUCUACCCCAUGAAUGCAUCCAAGAGAUUCUCGAGCAGUCAGAAAACUAUAUGAAGAACCCAUGUUUCAAUCAUCGCAGUUCAACAGAUGAUGGUUCCACCGCCCCAGUCAACAAAUGCUCCCACCUUCGUAUCUGUAAUGAGCCUCGAGGACACAUCAUUUUUUUCGAAUACUACCGCGAUAUCAUCAUUCCCCCUCGUUUCCUGCUCUUUCAACCAGCCGCUCCACUGCAUGCAUACUAUACCCGAGUGUGCUCUAUUGUUUGGACGCUAUAA